CAUGUCAGGCUAUGAUAUAAGCAGAUUUCAACCAACACUUGAUUAUCAUUACAUCUGUUUAGCUUGUAAUAAACUUGUAAAGGACCCAUAAGAGUGUUUUUAUUGUGGUUAAUUGUACUGCAAUGAUUGUGUUGUACAAAAGCCUAUUUGUAAAAGUCCUGAUUGUCCUUCUUAAGGAAAGCCUUAACAAUAUGAUAAAAUUUAAGGGGCUAUGCUUAGAGCUUAUAGGAAUUUGAAGUUAUAGUGUAUAAAUCCAAAAUGCAAGAAAGAAGUUUCUAUUGUUGAUUUGGAUUAACAUCAAAUGGAAUGUUGUAAAUCAAAAUGCUAAAAUUUUGAAGUAUGUCAAGAAUUUGUACUAAAUGAGUAAUUCUAUAAAUAAUUCUUAGUAGAUCAUAAUUUUGCAGCUUGAUAUGUAAAUAUACUGAUCAUUUAUUUAACAAUGCAGGAUCUCGUAAGGAAUAAUACGAAAUUUUAAAACGGUAUGUGACUGAAUUAUAAACUUAACCAUUUCAAUAAUAGAUUAAAUAAAAAUUAAUAAAUCAAUAAUUACCUAUAAUUAGUGGAGAAGGAGGUACUGUUUUCAAAUGGGACAAAAAUAAAUGUGGAUAAGGUAUUUAAUUGACCAUGGGAGAUACAUAAGUAUUCCUUAAAGAAAGUUCAUACAUUUUCAGAACAGUAUUGGGUGAUAUGGUAUUAUUUUAUAUUUUAUCUAGCCAUUUGAAAGUGGGGUUCAUUAUUGGGAAAUUGAAGCAGAUAGUAGAACAGAAAAUGAAUUAAAGAUUGGAGUUUAUUCAGGAAAUACAUUAAAUUUAAAUGCUGCAUUUUGUGAUAUAAAUUAGGGAUUUGCUUAUUAUGGAUUAGCAUAACUAAGAAAUGGACAUACUGCAUCAGGUUCAACUUAUGGAAAAAGAUUCAAAAAAGAUGGUGUUCUUGGUGUCUGUUUAAAUAUGAAUAAUGGUAUUUUAUAUUAUAAAUUACUUUAGGUACUCUAUCAUUUUAAUUAAACAAUGAAUAUUGGGGUAUAGCAUUUAGAUCAGAUCUGCUUAAAAAAGGGCCCAUCUAUGCUGCAGUUGCUUUACUGCACUGUGCUGGUUGCACACUAAAAACUGGAAGACCAAAACCUUCCUUUAUGGAAUGAUA